GCCUUCCGAGUUCUUUGAAACGACGACGUUGAAGGUUUUGUUCUUUCUUAACUUUGCCGUUGCAGUUGCUCUAAAAUCUUCUUUCCAAAACAGGUAUGACGACUCGACUUGAGUAACCAGAAGAAAAAUUUUGUGAACUCAACCACAAUCAGAAAAUGAUGGAUCCGAUCCCAGCAGUACCACCCAGAUCCGUCACCGACCUCUUCUCUGAUCCAGUUGACACUCAUCCUCUUUGGUUCAAAUCCAAUCUCUUUCUCUCCCGAGCCUUCGACUCUGAAUCCUACAUUUCGGAGCUCCGAACUUUCGUUCCCUUCGAGACUCUCCGAUCGGAACUACAAGCCCAUUUAUCUUCCCUCAAGCAUGAACUAAUUGAUUUAAUUAAUCGGGACUAUACCGAUUUCGUUAACCUGAGCACUAAGCUCGUCGAUGUUGACGCUGCCGUUGUACGAAUGCGGGCCCCAUUGUUGGAGCUGAGAGAGAAAAUCGAAAGUUUCAGAGGCACUGUUGAAAGUUCUCUUGUGGCGUUGCAGAGUGGUUUAAAGCAAAGAUCGGAGGCUGCUGCGGCCAGGGAGGCUCUUGAACUGUUGCUUGACACUUUUCAUGUUGUUUCUAAGGUUGAAAAACUUAUAAAGGAGUUACCUAGUGCAUCUGCUGAUUGGUCAAAUGGAGAUGUGAAUUUGUCUGAAAGGAAUUCUACGGGCCAUGUCACUGCCCUACAACCUGUUGAGAAUGGAUUGAAUCCCAGGGAGACUCAAAGCAUGCUUUUGGAGAGAAUUGCAAGCGAGAUGAAUCGGUUAAAGUUCUAUAUUGCUCAUGCUCAGAACCUGCCUUUUAUUGAGAACAUGGAGAAGAGGAUUCAGAGUGCUAGCCUAUUAUUGGAUGCAAGCUUGGGCCAUUGUUUUGUGGAUGGGCUUGAACAUCGAGAUGAAAAUGUAAUUUACAAUUGUUUACGUGCAUAUGCUGCCAUUGAUAACACCAGGAAUGCAGAAGAAAUUUUCCGCACUACUGUUGUGGCACCAUUGAUACAGAAAAUAAUCAUACAUGGACCAUCGGAGGCAGUUGCUGAGGCAUCUGGAGAUGAACUUGAGAAUGAUUAUAAGCAAAUCAAGCAAUGUGUUGAGAAAGACUGUAAAUUCUUAUUGGAAAUUUCUUCUUCAGAGAAUUCAGGUUUGCAUGUGUUUGACUUCUUGGCAAAUUCAAUCCUGAAGGAGGUUCUGUCAGCGAUUCAGAAGGGAAAGCCAGGGGCUUUUUCUCCAGGAAGACCUACUGAAUUCUUGAAAAAUUAUAAAUCAAGCCUUGAUUUCUUAGCCCAUCUUGAAGGCUAUUGUCCAUCCAGAUCUGCUGUUGCUAAAUUCAGAGCAGAAGCUGUGUAUGUUGAGUUCAUGAAGCAAUGGAAUGUUGGUGUUUACUUUUCUUUGAGGUUUCAGGAGAUUGCUGGGGCUCUAGAUUCUGUUCUCACGGGAGCAAGUCUUUCUCCUAUUAAGAAUUCACAUUCUGAUCAAGGAAAGUCUUGCGGGUUAACCUUAAAACAGAGUGUCACACUUUUGGAGAGCUUGAGAUCCUGCUGGAGAGAAGAUGUUUUUCUCCUUUCUUGCUCCGACAAAUUUCUUCGCCUGUCAUUGCAGCUUCUUUCAAGAUACUCAAAUUGGUUGUCAUCUGGACUGGCUGCUCGGAAGUCUGGUAGUGUGGGCUCCAAUCCUGGAUGUGAAUGGGCUAUUUCAGCUGCUACUGAUGAUUUUAUAUAUGUUAUUCAUGACAUAACUUGUCUGGCCACAGAGGUCUCUGGUGACUACUUGGAUCAUGUACUUCAGCUUCUGUCGUCGUGCUCCUCUGAAGUUCUUGAUCUAGUAAAACAGAGCAUUUUAGAUGGUGGAAAAUCAUUGAGUUCUACAUUACCUUCAGUUAUCAACACAAUAAUAGAGGGACUUGUUGAGAAGGCUGUGGAAGACUUGAGACAGCUUAAGGGGAUAACUGCAACUUACAGGAUGACAAAUAAACCACUUCCUGUCAGGCAUUCCCCUUAUGUGUCUGGUGUAUUGCGCCCCCUGAAGACUUUAUUAGAUGGAGAACGAGCCAUGACAUUUUUGACAAAGGAGACUAAGAAGGAACUACUGCUUGGUGCUGCAACUGAGAUUACUGGUUGCUACAAUGAAUUGGCUGCUGAGCUCAUCAGUGUGGCUCGGAAAACAGAGUCUUCGCUCCUGAAGAUACGGCAGGGUGCACAAAGGCGUGCUGGAGCAAGUUCAGACGUCUCAGACCAUAACAUAUCCGACACUGACAAGAUUUGUAUGCAAUUGUUUCUUGAUAUUCAGGAGUAUGGACACAAUCUUGCUGCCCUGGGGGUUGAGCCGGCUGAUAUUCCAGCAUACCGUUCCUUGUGGCAAUGUGUUGCUCCUCCAGAUCGGCGAAGUGUGAUUAAUUUCUAAGAAUUUUGGUUUGCCAGUCUCAACUGGGUUUGUUUUAUUUGAUUCUGAAGUAUAUUGUUGUAAGUUGAUCUCAUUGUGAAGAAUGAAGUGGUUUCUUUUUUGUUUGUUUUACAAUCAUGGUGAAUUACUAUUGUAUAAUGAGGCAAAAAUUUUGUAACAUCUGCAUGACUUUUUGAUACAGGAAAGAAGAGAACAUUUUAGUUGUCUUUA